GGUCACACUGAAAGAAAACGUCACAUACGUAUUUUUUUUUGUUUUGAUUGUGCGAAUUUUAUAGAGGCAAACAGACUUUGGAAACAUCGGGAAAACACUGGCGGCCAUUAUGGAGACCGCGACAAGCAGUAGCGACACACAAGCAGCGACAGCGACAGCCCCAGUCCCAGCUGCAGAGAAAUGGGGCUUUCCUCUGCAAGAACUCUACCGACUAGCAUUCACAUUUUACAAACAGAACUCGGGCAAAGCCAUUCACCUGUCCUACGAGGACAAUCUGAAGCUAAUCGCCUUCAAGCAGCAGGCCUCCCUCGGACCCUUUAAAACGAACCAUGCUCCGGCUUUGGGCGUGCUCGAUGUAAUUGGCCGCGACCGCCAGCAGCACUGGCAGCUUCUUGGCGACAUAAGCCGGGAGCAGGCCAUGGAGGGGUUCAUUGAUCUUUUGGACACGAUGUGCAGGGCAUUUCGACCCUACAUCGAGGCGGUGCGUCAGGACCGCGAUGAGACAUUGCGAAAAGACCUGCGCCGCAUGGAACUGGAGAAAGAGGUGGCACAAAAAAAAGAGCGCGAGCAGCAGGAGCUGCUGGAGGAGGGCUACAAAGAGGAACUGCAACGUCGUCAGCUGCAAGACGCUCUCAACAAGCAGACCUACCAGCAGUUCAAGCUGUAUGCCGAGAAACAAUUCCCGGGCAAUCCUGAACAGCAGGCUGUACUCAUACACCAGUUGCAGCGCGAGCACUACCAUCAGUAUAUGCAGCAGCUGCAUUUGCAAAAUCAGAAUCAGAUCCAGACCCAGACACAGAACCAGAACCAGAACCAGACCCAGGAAAAGGCCCACCAGGAGAGGGAGGAAGUCGCUCCGGCCAACAACAAUAAUAGCAGUACCGAUUUAGUAAAUGCCAUGGAGGGCUUAAAACUGGGUGAUUUCGAGCAGCAGCAGCAGCAGCCAGAGGAGCAGCACGAUCAGGAGCACGUCGAACAAGCACAGACACAGGUAGGGGAGUACGGACAGGAGCAGCACCAUGGGAACGAUGAGUACGAUGAUUAUGUGAUGAUUCGACCGGCCAAAAUCUGGACGCGACCCGACAUCGAGCAGUUCAAGACUGAAGUGUCCGCAGGCGAUGGCGAUGGCGUCAUUACCAUCGGCCACGGCGACACAGUUACGGUUCGAGUGCCCACCAAUAUGAACGGCAAGUGCAUUUUUUGGGAAUUCGCCACGGACAACUACGACAUUGGAUUCGGGAUUUACUUCGAAUGGGCCAAGCCCGUGACCAGCGAGGUGACGGUGCACGUGAGUGACAGCGAUGAGGAGGAGGAUUGUGUGGACGAAGAUUAUUUGUCCACCACCGAGGACCUGGAGUCGGGCACAUUGUCGCAGGACCACAAUGGCCUGAGCAAUCCGAGUGCUGCCUCAAAGGCGCCAAUCUCAAUUAUUGUGCCCAUCUAUCGGCGUGAAUGCUACAACGAGGUCUACGUCGGUUCGCACUCCUAUCCGGGCGAGGGCGUCUACUUGCUGAAGUUCGACAACAGCUACAGCAUUUGGCGCUCCAAAACCCUGUACUAUCGCGUCUACUACGAGCGCUAAGAGGCCAAAUUUAGAACACCAUACCCCAUUUACUUAAGCGAAAUCUAUUAUCUACAUAUAUUUAAUAUCUAAAUAUUCACGGUACAAGCCUUUGCAAGUUCUGUGCAAGUCCAAAACAUUACGAUGCUGUGUGGGUGUUGGUGUAUGUAUGUUUAUCUGAUCUGUGUGGAUAUAUAUGCGUUAAUCCAUCUCCAUCCAUCCAAAAACAAAAAUACAGAUCAAUUCCCAGUCGCGGCCCUGAGAUGGAUGCAUUCAAAUCAAUAUAA